AUGUUCAGCAUCAAUCCCUCCAACUCCAAGCAAUCGGUCGACGAUGAUGAAGACUUUGUGUUCAAUUUGACUGACUUUGAAUUCAACACCAAUUUAGCAGAAACCAUCCAAGAAUCACGUCCCGAUUUUUCAAAAAGCAUUCAAUAUCAGCAUCAUGAUGAGGUCUCCGAUCAUCAUGCCAAUCAACAACAACACCUCUCCGAAGACUAUUGGCUCUACAUUUCUGAAUUUAUUCCCUUGUACGAUUUUAAUAGAUUUUCUUUGGUGUGUACAGCAUUUGCUGAAAUAUUGACCUAUAAUCGGAGAUAUUUAGUGUUAAAGAAGAUUUCAAAGGAUUUCAAGAAAGUAUUCAUGAGCUCACCCGAUUUAAAUGCAGAUUCAAUUAUUACAUUAACUGUGGAAAGAUCCCCAAGUGACGAUCCCAACUUCUCCAAAGCAUUACAAUUUGACAUUUUUGACUUUUUAAUUCGAACAGGAAAAUAUCAACGAAAUUUAUUCAGAUAUUUCAAACCAGAUUAUUAUGAUUCAUCUUUUGAAAUGAAUGAUGACAUGUAUCUUCGACCGCUUCAACAAGAUGUCAUUCUUGAUUGUAUUGAUGAUUUUAAGUACGCUCCUGCGAGGUUGCUUGAUGACAAAGAUUUCAUCCUAAAGAAGGCAUUUAAAGUAUCUCGUGAAAGCCCAAAUUGUUAUAUAUUAUUAUCCACUCGAUUAAGAUCUGACAAGGAAGUAAUGAUCGCUGCAAUGAAACACAAUGGCGCCUUACUGAACAACUUACCUUAUGGCGUGACGAUUGACCAUGACAUACUCAAAGCUGCUCUUUCUUGUAAUCUAAGCCGUAACCAACUUGUUUAUCAUCACUACAGUGGAGGUCUCGCAUUUUCGAGACUCACUCGACAUGUUCUGUAUUAUUAUUUUUCGAGAGGUGAAAUGAUCGAUCGAGAAAUUUUACAUUUCGCUCUCAAGAAAGAAAAACUGAGCGUGUUGAAAGAAUUGGUAGAACUUACAAAACUACCAAAGGAUAUCAUGCUUGAUGCUUUGCAGGUUGCAUUUUUCAUUCUCAAAAAUUACAAACUGGCCUAUCAAUUACUAGAAAAGUAUUUUUAUGCACAUUGCAUGGUAAAUAUGGAAAGGGGAGAAAAUUCUUAUUCUCUCGAACCCUAUGCCUAUUAUUUUAAUAACUUUGGUGAACCAAUUGAUGGCAUGGAAUUUUAUCCACCAUUCCGAAAGUGGAGCAUGAUGGAAGUUGUGGAACGCCUCACAGAGAAGGAUCACGCAUAUUUUGCAUUCUUUACUUGUUCAAAAACGCUUUCUGCUCCAACCAUACUCUACAUGAUGAAAUACAUGAAGAGUGGCAGAAUGACACCUGCCUUAGCAAAAAUGUAUUGA